AACCAAGUUCUGUACGGAGCAAGGGCGAGCUUUACGAUACGAGCACGGCUUCCACCAAGACUACGGACUACGAUAGCCGCAGGGUCUGCACAAGCACCGCAUUUACUUGCCCCGGCGCAACAAACACCAGGAUGGCAUCCAUCAAAGCAAAUUGCCGAAAGGUCAUUUGCAUUGGCAGAAACUAUGCGGACCACAUCACUGAAUUAAACUCUGCCCGACCAGCACAGCCUUUCUUCUUCCUCAAGCCUCCCUCUUCUAUCUUGCUGCCGAACAAAGGGCCAGUCAUUCGACCUCGCGGGGUCAACUUGCAUCAUGAAGUCGAACUUGGUCUAGUGAUCGGAAAGACACCCUCUCCGGAAGGACUGAAGAAUCUGCAAGCUUCGGACUCCAAGAUGCUGAGUUACAUCAAGAGCUAUUUUCUUGGCAUAGAUUUGACCGCCCGAAAUGUGCAAGACGAGGCAAAGAAGAAGGGUCUGCCAUGGAGCAUAGCAAAAGGUUUUGAUACCUUCUUGCCCAUAAGCCAUGAGAUUCCUUUUGACCGGAUACCUGACCCCCACGACGUGGUGCUGUGGCUAAGCGUCAAUGGCACCAUCAAGCAAAAGGACAGUUCCAACCUGAUGCUGUUCGAUAUUCCCCGAAUGAUGAGCGACAUCAGCAAGGUCAUGACCUUGGAAGAGGGCGACAUCAUCCUGACAGGGACGCCGAAGGGUGUAGGCCCACUGGUUGGAGGAGAUGUUGUAAAAUGCGGUCUAGAGGCAGACGGUAGGGAGGUGGUCGAGGCAAGAAUUGAGGUGCAAGUGGUAGACGACACCACGGAAGGAGCAUACGAAUUCAAGGAAACUUGACGCACUCGCUCAGAGACUUCUCAAAGCUGCCGAUCUUCACAAAACUUUGGACAUACUGUGGACAGCCAUCUAUAAUGAAAGACAGCCGACAUAUUAAAACCAUCCACGUUCUGCUCCCAGGAAAACCCGAACCUCUCUUACUUCUGUCCAUCUUCCACGCGGCAUGCGUCUUCACCCAUCACUUGAGGUUGACA